CCGUUGUUUUCUAACAGGCUCAGAGCUUCCCCUUUCGGACCCUGUGUGUUUGGAGAUGUUGGAGAAGACCAAGGAGGAGGACACCCAGGAGGAAGAGACAUGAGGAAGAUGUGGAGUCUCUGCACAGCCUUGAGGAGACUGUGCCCAAGGCAACCAAGGAAGAUGUGGAGACUCCAGAGCACGUUGAGGAGACUCCAGAGCGCAUUGAGGAGACUCUAAACAACACAAGACAGAAAGAUGUGGAGACUCCAGAGCACGUUGACGAGACUACGAGCAAGAUAAGAGAGGAAGACGCUGAGACUCAAGAGCGCAUUGAGAACACUCCAAGCAAGAUAAUGGAGGAAGAGAUGGAGACACCAGAGCACAUUGAGAACAGCCUAAGCAAUAUAAUAGAGGAAGACACCAAGACUACAGAGUGCAUAGAGGAGACUCCAGACAAGCCAGCUGAAGAAGACAUGGAGACUUCACAGAGCCUGGAAGACAAUGUGAGGAACCAAGCCGGGGAAGAUGUGGAGGUUCCACAGAGCGUUCAAGAGAGCACAACUGAGGAUGGAGCUGAAGACGCACAAGAAGGCGCUGUUGACUGUGACACCCUGAGAAGAGCGCAGAUCCAGCAGACUGAGGGUGAAGGAGCAAGAUGGCUCGGGGCUGAAGGAGACCAGUUACCUGCAGAACACGCUGUCAGCCUGGACGAGACGUACAAAAGCAGGGCCCUGAAAGCUGCAACUUUGGAAAAGCUGGUGGAGACGCUUCCAAUGGCGUUUGCGGAUAAUGACUUUACAUACAUCAACACCUUCCUCUCAACUUACAGGGCCUUUGCUUCCACCAGCACAGUCCUGGAGCUGCUCCUGGACAGAUACGGAAACCUGGAGAUCUCGGGCUCUGAAGAGCGUGGAAGCCAGAAUUCCCCCGGAUCCAGCACAGUGCUCAGGACUGCGAUCGCAUCGAUUUUACAAGCCUGGCUCGACCAAUGUGCCGAGGAUUUCCAAGAGCCGCCCGACUACGUGUGUCUGCUGAAGGUGCUGAGUUACCUGAAGAAGAACAUGCCCGGCUCUGACCCGGAGAAGAGGGCGCAGAACCUCCUGGAGCAGUUCCAGAAAGAAGAACUGGAGAAUGAUGACGCGUUCCACAGCCUUUCUCCCUGCAACCUGGAUGAGGAAGAGGAACUGGAGAUCAGCGGUGCACAGGAAUUCUCAUUGUUCCAAGAAGAGCUGGUGGCAGAACAGCUGACGUACAUGGACGCGACACUCUUCAAGAACGUUGUGCCCCACCACUGCCUGGGCUGCAUCUGGUCCCGCAGGGACAAGCAAGAGAACAAACACCUGGCACAGAGCAUCAGAGCCACCAUCUCGCAGUUCAACGCCGUCACCAACUGCGUGGUCAGCACCGUCCUGGACAGCAGAGAAUUAAAGACACGGCAACGAGCGAAGACCUUGGAGAAGUGGAUCCGUAUCGCACGUCAAUGUAGGAUCCUGAACAACUUUUCGUCUUUGAAGGCCAUUGUUUCCGCACUGCAGUCCACCUCCGUUUAUCGCCUGAAGAAGACCUGGGCCUGCGUUCCAAAGGACACAAUGCUGAUGUUCGAAGAGCUCUCAGAAAUCUUCUCCGACUGUGACAACUUUGCGACGAGCAGGGAGCUGCUGAUGAAGGGAGUCACCCAAGGCACGGUACCUUACCUGGGUACCUUCCUCACAGACCUCGUCAUGCUGGACACAGCCCUUCAGGACUAUCUCGAAGGCGGCCUGAUCAACUUUGAGAAGCGGCGAAGGGAAUUUGAAGUAAUCGCACAAAUUAAGCUCUUGCAGUCCUCAUGUAACAGCUAUUGCAUGUCAGCAGAUGAGAAAUUCGUGCAGUGGUUUAGGAGGCAGCGGCAUUUAAGUGAUGAGGAGAGUUUCCGGCUUUCACGCGAAAUUGAAGGAGCUGCUGACAAGAGCGUCGCAUCGGCCAAAGCUCAGAGGAGCGUGGUGAAGAGAUUCAGCCUGCCGUUCCUGGGCUUGGGGGUGAGCGCCCACAGCACAGCCGUCAACGCGCAGCCCAAACCUGCUCCAGGUGGGAGCUCUGGGGACAGCACCGUCACCAUCGUCCCUCCCACCGACACUGCCGAGGAGCCUCAGCACAAGGUAGGGCCUGGGCCCUGUGUUCAGCACAGACAGCCUGUGCGAGGCUGCUGA